UUGCAAGCGUAAAUUCAACCCAGAAUUAUGAUGGCAAAGAAGGAUGCUUGAGUAUUGUACAAAAAAGAAAAUGGCAUUUGCCAUUUUCCUACUCUUUAGCAUUUCUGUAAUAAUAUUGGUUGUUGAAAGUGCAUGGCCAACGCAACACAAAAUAAAAGAAGUUAAAUUUCCAUCUAAUCUUGUUAAGCUGAACAAAUCAUGUCCCUCAAAGAAAGCAAAAGCUCUGACAGAAUGUGAGAGGUGCAGUAAAGAUGAACUGCGAAAAUUACAACCAGAGUGCCAAGAAACAGGAUUUAAACAAAAGAUACUGUGUGAUAACAAAGAUACAUUUUUCCAAAAUUGUGAGAUUACACCCUAUAUGGAUGAAAGGAAUUUCUGGAUUUUCCAAGCAGUGUCAUGUACAAUAUUUGCUGUGACAUAUUCAUUGGUUCGAGUGAGACAAAAGAAACUAGAUGGACAAUUAAUGGACAAAAUUAAUAGACAGAUUGCAUCUGGUAUAUGAAAAUUAUAUUUGUUCAAAGUAUGUUUCUUAUUUAUUAAAUCUCAUGUUUGAAAUUUUAUUAUUUGCAUUAUAUCAGUGUGAUUUAAGUCUAAUUGCUAAAACAUCUACUCAGUAUUUUUGAAGAAAAAUUUAUAUAUUCAGGUACACUUGGUACCAAAUUAAAUGCAUUUUUAUAUAAAUCUUAUUUCAUUAUACACAUGACUUUUCAAUUUAAUUAUUUUGUCCUUUAAAAUCAUGGUUAUAUUAAAUUUUGAAAACUUAAAAUUAAAAUUAAAAUUUCAUUGUGUGUAGUCAAAAGCAAAGCAAGUGUAUGAGGCAUCUUAACUAGAUGCCAAAUCGAGGUGGUAUCCUUCUUUAUUUUCAUACUAGUAUCUGAACAUUAGCCAUGACCAUUUUGACAUGACUUUUAAUAAAGACCAUGACAAGUUUCAAUGUCAUCUCAACAACAUACUUGAGUUGAGAUUUUAUAACUGUCAUACUGAUCAACAACUUGAAAAUUAAUAUACUUUUGAGGGCAUUAUGAAUAUGGAGAAAUUAGUUGGGAAAAUGUGAAAUUGUUUACAAACCAUAUCUUUGAUGAAAAUGAGUUCAAUGAAUGUAUAGUUUGAAGGUCAAAACUGGGCUACUGCAUGAUCUCUGCAUCAUAAAAAUGUAUCCAGAAUACGAAUAAAAUUCAUUUGAUUUGAUGAAUAUAUUUAUUCCAAUUACAAGAAUAAAUAAUUAUACUAUUGUACACGACCUUCAAUUUUGGAUGCGCUAAAUAACGGGCGUUUCGUGAAUAACUGUUAAUUUUACGUAAAAAUUAGCGGUGACUUUAACGGAUGCGUUAUUUUAAAGAUGCUUUGUGAAUAAGGUCCCAGGUCAAUGUUACUGCAUAUUAAUGUCUAAUAGUUGAUGUAAAUGCAUUGUUUUUUUUUUAAUAAAAAUUUUGAAAAACUA